AUGGCAACUAGUGAUUAUCAAUUAUCUAAUGACAAUGGGAGUUACAGUCCUUUUUUUGAAAAGAAACUGAUCGAAGAAAAGCGUAAAGAUGGAUACUGGAUUGAAGCUUUUAAAGUUGACAAUCAAAAUCCUAUUGGAUUGAUAGGAUAUGGACUUAGUUGUGGAGAAGUCAAUUUUUAUCCAAAUCCAUGCACAACUACAGAACCAGGAAAGGCAAUUCGUAUUCAAGAUCUACCAGGCCCUGUAGCCAUGGAUCAAGCUGAUAUUACAGGCAAUGGAAUUAAUGACAUUAUUAUCUGUUAUCAAUAUGGUAACACAAUGGUAGAUUGCGAUCCCACCGGGGGAAAGAUCAUAUGGUUGCAAAAUCCAGGACAGAAACUCGAACAAGAACAAUGGAUAUCCCAUUAUAUUGGAAGAUCUACAGCAAUGCACAGACUUAAAGUCGGCCAUUUCACACAAAACAAGCGUUUGGAGAUUAUAGGUUUGCCUAUUGUAAACGAGCCAUAUAAUUUACUUGCACCAGUACCUGUGCUAUUAUUUCAACAACCUAACGAUGUAUUAAAUACUAAAGAGUGGCCUUGUGAAAUAAUUGAUAAAGAAUUUUUUCAUCUGAUUCACGAUGCAAAAAAAAUUAAUACCGGCGCAUUAGAUAAUCUUCUUAUUGCAUCACGCGAAGGCAUUAAUUGGCUUUACUUUGAUGAAAAAUUUCACAAAUGGACUAUUGAACAUAUUGGAGAAGGAGAACAAGAAGAAAAGCGCCAAACAACUUAUUACGGUAGUGGAUGUGUAGAUGCAGGAAAAGUUGGAAAUGAUUCUUUUGCGUAUAUUCCUACUGUCGAACCUUUUCAUGGAAAUGUAGUUGCUGUCUACAUUAAAAGUACUGACAAUUAUUUGAAACAAAUUCAAUGGAAAAGAUAUGUGCUAGAUGUUUAUGGAUGUCCUAACGAACAUGGUGAAGGUCCAGCCCAUCAUAUCGUUUGCGCUGACUUUGACAAAGAUGGAGACGAUGAAUUCUUAGUGGCACUUCGAGGACCAUCUCCAAAUCAAGGUGUCUACUAUUAUAAACCUAUAGAUCUUUCUUGUGGUUUAUUUGCCAAAUGGAAAGUUAGUAGUGAUUCUGCUGCUAGAAUUGCUGUUGCUGAUUUUGAUAAUGAUGGCUUGCUAGACUUUGCAACCAUUAGUUAUUACGUUCCUGGGUAUUACGAAGCUGAAAAUCCAUCUAUUAACAUCUAUUACAAUCGAUUUGCCAACAAGAGGGUACAAGGUCAAAAAGAGAUACAAGUGACGAAGCAAAGCAAUAAACUUUUGUUCAAAGUUCCGAGGCCAAACAAAGCAUUAAAAUACGAAACACUGCCAUUUACUGCUGUAGGAGGUAUAGCUUUAUCUUUAGAAGUCAUACCACCUUGUAGUUCACGUCAAGUCAGUAAAAACACCUAUAUCAAGGUUCUUUCUGGAGUUAUAAAGUGGACGAGUUCUGCUACAAAAUCAUCUGAAGAGGUACAUCAUUCGCGCAUGUUUCUCUGUGCACCAAAAAGUGUUGCUUCGCUUGAGAUACAAAGUAAUGAAAAUAGACUAUCAACUGGUAAAGAAGGUGCCAUUUUGCUUGUAUUAAAAAUGGAUGAAUCCAUGAAAGAUGUUCCUCAAUUUGAUUCCAUUGGAAAAGUUACGAUUGAGAAUACAUUACCAGAGUACUGUUCUGAUGAAACUCGUAAACUUGGUUUUCAAUUUGUCAAAUGUGAUAAAUAUGAAUGGGGAAAGGAUAAAUUCAAGGGUCUUGAAUUUUACAAUCUAACAGGUUUUAUAAUUGAUUUUGCUGACAAUGAUGAACAUCUUUGCCACAUGCAAAUGUGGGCUGCGGGACAAGGUGUAAAUUGUGGAGUACGCAAUCUUUCUGAUACUAUAUUCUGCGAAGUUCAUGCUUGUAUCGUCAAUGGAACUGGACAAGGUGGCAUACAAUAUCUCAGAAGCUCGAAAGAAGAGUAUGAUCCACUCACUACUCCGGAUUCAAAAUUCGAAAAUUUACCAGUACCAUCUUUUUAUGAACAUGGUCCUAUAUGGGACAUCGAUGCACAAAAAAAAACAGUUUUCCGAGAAAAUGGUACUGUUGUAUAUCCUUGGCACAAAUGGCAAUCUGGCAACAAUGGUUCAUCGAUUCAAUCAUUUGACAUUUGGAUUACUUUUGAAUUCGAUGCUCAAUUAUCAGCUUUACCUUAA